AUGUCCAGGUGCAAGAAAUUUAUCUGCUGUUGCGUGUCAGGCAACAAAGAAUCUGACCUAAUCGCUAGCACCAAAUCGCAUACUGACCAUGACUACCUCCUACCUGGUGGAGAAUGGGACCCCUCACUCUCCACGCCACCCAGCCAAAGCCACUCUAGUAAGAAGAGACACUCCACUAAAGAGCUGGCCAACUCAUUGGAGAGAGACGGGCUCUACCAGCCACCUGCUCUCGUCCCAUCCCCAACACUGCCAACGUUUGACGACUUCAAGUUACUCAAAACCGUCGGGAGAGGAGCCUUUGGAAAAGUGCUUCUGUGUGUGCAUCAAUCGACGAGGAUUCUCUAUGCAAUGAAAGUGGUACCCAAAGCAAAGAUUUCCACUCAGAAACAGGUCACCCAAAUUCUGGCCGAAAGCAACAUUCUCAAGAAGAUAAGACAUCCCUUCUGCGUCAUACUUCAGUAUGCCUUUCAAAAUGAGGACUACCUGUUCUACAUCUUUGAGUUUGCUGCUGGCGGAAUGCUCUUCCAUCAUCUGAGACAAACUGGACGAUUCACUGAGCCCAGAGCAAGGUUCUACUUUGGAGAGAUCAUUCUGGCAAUUGAUUACCUCCACUCCUUUGGAAUAAUUUUCAGGGACUUGAAACCUGAGAACUGUAUGCUGUCAGAGAAAGGCCAGAUAGUCCUGACUGAUUUUGGCAGUGCCAAGAUGCUGCAAGUAUCCCAGAAGACGAGCACUAUAGCUGGCACCCCUCAGUACAUAGCCCCUGAGGUGUUGAGAGGGGAACCGUACAGCUUCUCCGCAGACUGGUGGAGUUGUGGCAUCCUGCUCUAUGAGAUGAUCACUGGAAAGACUCCAUUCCACUCUCCCGAUCGGGUGGAGCUCUACAAGCUGGUAUUGAGGGGAGAUUUUGUCGUUCCUCGUGGAGUGGUCUCCCCCAGGGCAACGUCCCUGCUCUAUAGGCUGAUAAACCGUGAUCCUGAUUUCCGCAUGGGAUGUGGAUCAGGCGAUGGCAUCAAAAGACCAGUGUCGGAGAUCAAGGAGCAUCCCUUCUUCUCGACUGCACCCCUCGAUCCUGACGAGGAGUCCCAGUACUCGGCCGAGGAUGCAGAACGGUCGAGACACCGAGAAGCUUACAACAGGCAGAAGAGGGCUUCUCAGAGGAGCAACUCGAUCAUGGAGACCGCCGGCUCAGUCAUCAGAUCAAUAUCAGACCAAACGAGACGUAUGUCCACUCGAAACCCGUACAUGGGCUCCCCCUGUGAGUGGACGUGGGAACAGUUGGAGGCCAGAGAAGUCCCACCCCCUUUCCACCCUCGGCUGACUGGUCCAACAGACCUCCGACACUUUGAUCCCACUCUCACCAACCUACCCCCCACCAUCACUGACCUCAUCACGACCGACCGAGCACUGCACUUGGAGGACUUUGAUUAUGUUGCACCUGCACCAACCAACACUGCCGAGUAUGUAGGCGAGAAGAAGAAUGGGGAAACCCCUAACGAGGGGACAGUCCCUGCUGUUGGGAAUGGGUCCUCUUCAAGAAAUGGUGAACUGGAUAGCAGCAAUGAAGAGACCGGAGUGUUAACUCAAUUAGUGUCUGUGGAGGUUAAUGAUUUUUGAUUAUUGAUUUACAAUAAAUUUGUGCGUGUCUUCAAUGCACAUCUUUUAAUGUGUUUUGUGCAAGUUUUUAAAAAUGUGAUAAUUAAUAUUUUAUACAGCUA